GCUUUAUAUAGUCUUCCCCAGGGCCUGGCCGUCCUCUAUCGGCGGCGGCGUGUGCCGGAGAUAUGUCUCACAGGAAAUUCUCCGCUCCCAGGCACGGGUCCUUGGGCUUCUUGCCUCGGAAGCGCAGCAGCAGGCAUCGUGGGAAAGUGAAGAGCUUCCCAAAGGAUGAUGCAUCCAAGCCUGUUCACCUCACAGCCUUUCUAGGCUACAAGGCAGGCAUGACCCACAUUGUCCGGGAGGUUGACAGACCAGGAUCCAAGGUAAAUAAGAAAGAAGUCGUGGAGGCUGUAACCAUUGUGGAAACACCACCUAUGGUAGUUGUGGGCAUCGUGGGAUACGUCGAAACCCCACGGGGCCUCCGCACCUUCAAGACCGUAUUUGCUGAGCACAUCAGUGAUGAGUGUAAAAGGCGUUUCUACAAGAACUGGCACAAAUCUAAGAAGAAGGCCUUCACCAAGUACUGUAAGAAAUGGCAGGAUGACAUGGGCAAGAAACAGCUGGAGAAGGACUUCAACAGCAUGAAGAAGUACUGCCAGGUCAUCCGCAUAAUUGCCCACACUCAGAUGCGUCUGCUUCCUCUGCGCCAGAAGAAGGCACACUUGAUGGAGAUCCAGGUGAAUGGGGGCACUGUGGCUGAGAAGCUGGACUGGGCCCGGGAGAGGCUGGAGCAGCAGGUUCCUGUGAACCAGGUGUUUGGGCAGGAUGAGAUGAUUGAUGUCAUCGGAGUGACAAAAGGCAAAGGCUACAAAGGGGUGACCAGUCGUUGGCAUACAAAGAAACUGCCCCGCAAGACCCAUCGAGGGUUGCGCAAGGUUGCCUGUAUUGGCGCUUGGCACCCUGCCCGAGUGGCCUUCUCAGUGGCUCGGGCUGGGCAGAAAGGCUACCAUCAUCGGACAGAGAUCAACAAGAAGAUUUACAAGAUUGGUCAGGGCUACCUUAUCAAGGAUGGCAAGCUGAUCAAGAACAAUGCAUCUACGGACUAUGACCUUUCUGACAAGAGUAUCAACCCACUGGGUGGCUUUGUCCAUUAUGGUGAGGUAACCAAUGACUUCAUCAUGCUCAAAGGCUGUGUUGUGGGAACCAAGAAGCGAGUGCUCACACUCCGCAAGUCGUUGCUGGUGCAGACCAAACGGCGGGCUCUGGAGAAGAUUGACCUGAAAUUCAUUGACACCACCUCCAAAUUUGGCCACGGUCGUUUCCAGACCAUGGAGGAGAAGAAAGCGUUCAUGGGACCACUCAAGAAAGACCGCAUUGCCAAGGAGGAAGGUGCUUAAUGCCAGAAUUUGCUUGACUGGCGUGGUUGGUCUUAAUAAAAACUUUUUCAGUGAAA